GCCCGAGUUUCUCCACCGGCAACAUGGCCGCUGCCUGAGAGGAGAGUCUGGCCACUGCCGCUUCUGCAGCCCGCGGGUACCUGGGCCGUUGCUGCGCCCGCGUGCGGGCCCCGCGGAGAGAUCAAGUCCAAGGACCACGUGGCUGGCUCCCCCCUAGUAUGGCCAAUGAAGAGGAUGACCCAGUCGUACAGGAGAUCGACGUGUACUUGGCCAAAAGUCUGGCAGAGAAGCUCUAUCUGUUUCAGUACCCAGUGCGUCCAGCCUCGAUGACGUAUGAUGACAUUCCGCACCUCUCAGCCAAGAUCAAGCCCAAGCAGCAGAAGGUAGAGCUUGAGAUGGCCAUCGACACGCUGAAUCCCAACUAUUGCCGCAGCAAAGGGGAGCAGAUUGCGCUGAAUGUGGAUGGGGCCUGCACUGACGAGACCAACACGUAUUCCUCGAAGCUGAUGGACAAGCAGACGUUCUGCUCUUCCCAGACCACCAGUAACACGUCCCGUUAUGCUGCUGCGCUCUACAGGCAAGGUGAGCUCCACCUGACACCUUUACAUGGCAUCCUGCAGCUGCGGCCCAGCUUCUCCUACCUGGAUAAGGCAGACGCCAAGCACCGUGAGAGGGAGGCAGCCAAUGAGGCGGGAGACUCUUCCCAGGACGAGGCAGAGGAAGAUGUGAAGCAGAUCACGGUGCGGUUCUCCCGGCCUGAGUCGGAGCAGGCCCGCCAGCGCCGCGUGCAGUCCUACGAGUUCCUGCAGAAGAAGCAUGCCGAGGAGCCCUGGGUCCACCUGCACUACUACGGCCUAAGGGACAGUCGCUCUGAGCACGAACGCCAGUACCUGCUGUGCCAGGGCUUGAGCGGGGUUGAGAACACGGAGCUGGUCAAGUCCCCCAGUGAGUACCUCAUGAUGCUGAUGCCCCCCAGCCAGGAGGAGGAGAAAGACAAACCCGUGGCCCCCAGCAAUGUCCUGUCCAUGGCCCAACUGCGCACCCUGCCCCUGGCUGAUCAGAUCAAGAUCCUGAUGAAAAACGUGAAGGUCAUGCCUUUUGCCAACUUGAUGAGCCUCCUGGGCCCCUCUGUCGACUCUGUGGCUGUUCUGCGUGGCAUCCAGAAGGUGGCGAUGUUGGUCCAAGGAAAUUGGGUGGUGAAGAGUGACAUCCUGUACCCCAAGGAUUCCUCCAGCCCUCACAGCGGUGUGCCGGCUGAGGUGCUCUGCAGGGGCCGAGACUUUGUGAUGUGGAAGUUCACACAGAGCCGCUGGGUGGUAAGGAAAGAGGUGGCAGCGGUGACUAAGCUCUGCACGGAAGACGUGAAGGACUUUCUGGAGCACAUGGCCAUAGUGAGGAUCAACAAGGGUUGGGAGUUCAUUCUGCCUUAUGACGGGGAGUUCAUCAAGAAGCAUCCAGACGUGGUGCAGCGGCAGAACAUGCUGUGGAUAGGCAUCCAGGCCAAAUUAGAAAAAGUUUAUAAUCUUGUGAAGGAAGCCAUGCCAAAGAAGCCGGAUGGACAAUCAGGGCCUGUGGGGCUGGUCUCUGGGGACCAGAGAGUCCAAGUCGCCAAAAGACAGGCCCAGCAGAACCACGCGCUGCUGGAGCGGGAGCUGCAGCAGAGGAAGGAGCAGCUGCAGGCGUCCGCAGUCCUGCCCGGCGUGCGGAUCAAGGAGGAGCCCAUGAGUGAGGAGGGGGAGGACGAAGAGGAGCCCAUGGACACCUCGCCCGGUGGUGGCCUCCAUGGUGGGCUGGCCAACGGGCUGCCUGCCGUGCGGGCGGCAGGCGGGGACAGCUUCAAUGGGCACCCACCCUCCGGCUCUGCCGGCACCCUCGUAGCCCGGGAACUCAGGGCCUUUGUGCAGGCCACCUUUCAGAAACAGUUUGUGCUCACCCUGAGCGAACUCAAGCGCCUCUUCAACCUGCACUUGGCCAGCCUGCCCCCCGGCCACAUGCUGUUCAGCGGCAUCUCGGACCGCAUGCUGCAGGACACGGUGCUGGCCGCCGGCUGCAAGCAGAUACUGGUGCCUUUUCCCCCACAGACGGCUGCUUCCCCAGAUGAGCAGAAGGUGUUCGCCCUCUGGGAGUCUGGAGACAUUAGUGACCAGCAUCGACAGGUUUUGCUUGAAAUUUUUUCCAAAAAUUACCGGGUGCGCCGGAACAUGAUCCAGGCUCGGCUGACUCAAGAGUGUGGAGAAGAUCUGAGUAAACAGGAGGUGGAUAAAGUGCUAAAGGACUGCUGUGUAAGCUAUGGUGGCAUGUGGUACCUUAAAGGGACAGUACAGUCUUGACAACAGUUGCAAAUCACUAACCCAGUGAAUCCAAGCCCAAGGACGGACAGCAGAGCCAGCAGAGGUGGAAGUAGUUUCGGUUGCUUCAGAAGACUCGGAGCAAGAGGAACUGACCAUCUCUCGGCCUGGGGCCUCGCACUGUCCAGUGGACAGAGGGGAUCAUACUCAGCCAGUGGCAGGGUCACCUUAAGGUAGAUGGCUCCCAGAAGAGACCAGCUGGGACCUUCUUUGCAGUACAGUUUGAAAUUCGUGAUGUGUUUUGCUUGUUAUUUGGUUUCAUUCUCAUAAUAAAGAGAGUGUACGCUGUCACCGGCAGGAUGAUGAAAAUCAUGGUUUAAUAUUUUACUUUCAAACCUAAUGCCAACAAGAUCUGAAUUAUGUUUACAAGAUGAAGAAAACCUCGAGGUUUUUAAUAUUUAAAAUGCCUGGAAGCCAAUAUUAAGUCUUCAGUUACCUAUCUGCUAAGACUUCUGCCAACUUCAUUAAACAAACCAAACCAAAUUGUUUCACUGUUGGUUUCCUGUGGCCAUUUUACCUUUUAAAACAACCUACUUUAAAAGUCGCAGUCUCAACUGUUUACAUGAACCAUAGCAAAAAAUCAGAAUCAAAUACAUUUAUUCUCAGUGUUUGCAUAUGGAUGCAAAUAAAACGAGGUAAGUAUGGAACAAUGUAUAAGUGAGGUCAUCACACUUUGAUGUAAAAAAUUUAUAUUUUGUGUAUUUUUAAAAUAAAUGCUAACACUAACCUGGCAUCAUGGUGCUGCUGUCUUCAAAUGGUUGCAAGAAGGCAGUGCUGUCUGCUCUCAGAGCCUUGUAUGUACAUCAGGGGAACGGCAGCCAGUAGCACUGCCGGGUGGAACUGUACAGUCGCAUAUGUAAUUGUAAAAUUUUCUAGUACACAUAUUAAAGAUAGUACAAAGAAACUUGUUAAAUUUUUAUGUAUUUUA